AUGACCAGCGCCCGACCGCGAUCUUCCUCAGCUCGAUCUAAUACCGCCGUCGCAUCGCCCCGUCGCAACCCUUCGAAUUCCAACGCGGAUUUGACUGUCCCAGAUGCUCAUGGUCGUUUUCUGAACGACCACCUGGCCUACAACACCAGCAGCUCCCCUAGCCGCUCGAUUCCUUCGUAUGGGGCAGGCUCCCCCUAUCCAACAAUCGCCGCCUCUAGUCCCUCUCCAUCGCGGCCACGGGCACGAUCAGCUGCAACAGAUCCCGUCCCCUCACCGUUGCUCACUCCAAACCCAGCUUAUCGGCCCUCAGCACUCUCAGGUCCCGCCAUCCCAAUGUAUCAGCCCGGGCAGAGACACCCUUCCGUGGCGGAUCCUGCCAGGCAAUAUGUAGUUCCACCGCCGCCGCCGAUGUCUCCCCCUUCCCAGCAGCAUAUGAUGUCUAUCCCUCCUCCACCGCCCCGUCCCUUGACCGGCCAAUCUCACCAACAUCCAGGCGUCAUGAUACCACCGCCGCCAGGCCCUCCGCCAGGAAUCUUACAGUCUAACUGGCAGGGAAGCUGGGGACGAUCAUAUGAUGCACGAGGGUUUCCCCUACCGCCGUUGAAUCCGCCGGCGAAUAGCCAGCACCAAGCAUACAAUCCGAGCCAACCUUAUCUCAACCAACACCCCCCACCAUUGUCAAUACCUCCGCCGCCAGCUUCGGAGCAUCAGAUGUCGGCAACAUAUAUACCACAUGGUGAUUCCUUCGGGCCUGGAGUUGGAAUUCCAGGUUUUGGUAGGACACCAGAACCCAGUUUUAACAGAGGGGAUAGCGCUGAGUUUUCCGCCAUCUCGGACAGCUCCAGGACUUCGAAAUCCACUAUGGAUACGACCUUAACUACGCCUAUGGAUGAGGGGACAAGCUGGUAUAACGAUCGGGACCGGCCAUACCCGGCACAAACGCCAGUAAACCGCUAUCCCAACAUUCACUUACCCGAGUACAAUUCUUCAAGCACGCCGGCUGCCACCGCUCUCAACAACCCUCAGAUGUCUAAUCGUGGGCUCAAUGUGAAUGCAAAUGUGGGCAUCAACCACCAGCAUACAACCAGCAGUAAUUCUAAUACCCCCAUCUCCCCCCACGAAGGCGGCUCACAAUGGCCCAUGGACCGUGUUCUUCUGUGGCUUGCCAACAAUCAAUUCUCCAACGACUGGCAGGAGACUUUCAAGGCGCUCAAUAUCUACGGCUCUGUAUUUCUUGAAUUGGGCAGUGGCCAUGGCGGAAGAGGAAACUUCGGGAUGAUGCACCAGCAAGUUUACCCUCGAUUGGCAAAAGAAUGCUCCAAUAGUGGGACGGGCUGGGACCAGGCGAGAGAGCGUGAGGAGGGCAAGCGAAUGCGCCGCCUAAUCAGAGGCAUUGUCACGGGCAGAACUCCUGACCUACCUAAACCUUCACACGUUCGGCGGGAAUCCUCAGUGGCAACUAUUCCAAGUGCUGGCACAGACGGGACAGCGGAGUCCUCACCCAAUUUCGGGAGAGAAAUUCAUGUUUCUACCCCAAGCACAGCAAAUGGCGAUGACGAUAGCCCGGGGAAACAAAUGUUAAAGAACGUUAUGCCAGGCGCGACAACACGGAAAGCAUCCGUUCGAAGUACCACCAUGCCCGUUUUGAGCAAUAAUAUUAAUACAUCCGAGAGUCGGGGUUCUCAUCGAACUGCUCUGCGGGGUAUUGAUGGUGAUGGAAGUCGCCGGCAUAGUCCUAGUGCCAGCAGUGACAUUGGGGAAGGACCUUACAGGGGAGCAGCGCUCCGAGUUGGAGGGAGCCCAAAGAGUGGAAGCCCUGGAAGUACAUUCGCGACCUUACAUUCCGCUAAUAAUGGGAAUUUAUCCGCCUCACCUCGCAGUGCUAAGUUCGGACAUCGCACUAGUAAUAGUACGGAUUCAAUCUCAUCCAGUGCUGCCAUCUAUGGCUCCGGUGUGCCUCCCGGCGCAAGUCAGGCUUUGCGCGGGGGCAUGGGAGCAGUUGGGGAACUGAAUCUUGUCCGCAAUCAAGACAGCCACCGCCAUGGUAUAGACGGUGCCCGUCCUUCUCCAUUGGAGCACAGUGCUACGGAUCCGCCGAGCUUGGUCAAAGAGCCUAAAGGAAUCUUCAAACACUUCAGAAAGAAGAAGAGAGAAGAAGGAGCACCCUCUCCCGAGGAACCGGGUCUGGAAUCUCCCACAAGUCCCUAUGCAAGCUUUAAAGCGCCCGGGUUCCUAGGGAAUGGCAAAAUUAGCAAUUCUAGCGAAACAUCCCUUGACCGACCCUCUUCCACCUUUUCCGCAACGGAUUACGAUCGAUUUGCUCAUUCUGGUGGUUACAGAGGGAGACGAAAUGGUCCUGGCAGAACAUUCAUUCUUGCGACGCUAGAUGGUUGGAACUACCGCAUGUGUGAUAUAACGGAUAUCGACUCCCCAGCUGAACUUCGCCGCUCGAUUUGUGCGAAUAUGGGCAUACAGAAUGUUGACCUUGUGCAAAUAUUUGCAACUGACCUUGGUCGAGUUGAGCAUGAUGAAGCCUUAGAUGAUCAAAAAUUGCUUUUGCAGAAGAGAACGAAGGCUGAUCAGUCGGGGAGCUUGAAGUUUUAUCUUCGUGCGCCAGCAAAUGCUGUUUCCUCGCUAUCUCCCGGGUUCGGUGCUAACUUUGGUAACAAAAUGGCAAUGUCACCUGGCUUGCCCACUACUGCCCCAAUGGAUGAAGAGUCUUAUGCCAGACUCAAUGGAAUGAGAAUGCGCUCAAGCUCCUCGCCUCCAACCUCGCGGCAGAAUACUGUGAAAACCGGUUCCCCUGUCGCAGGGCGAGAGGCUCCCGAAAUGGAACAAUCCGAUGCGCUCCGAGAGCGUUUGAAACAGUUCAAAUCCACACAGGAAAGCGGAGAAAGCCCUCUUCCAGAAUCAGAAAGACAAGCCUUUAUGGAAUUGGCCGCCAGUGAGCACAGGGCUGAGAUGGAACGGAAGCAAAAGGCGUACUUGGAAAAGAAAAAAGCCAGCAAGGAGACGCCACCCUCUGCCGAUGGGUCAUUCGGCAUUGUCGGCCGCAAUGUUGAUUUUGACCAGCCGCGACUUUCUCCUUUUGAGGACAAGAAACCUGAAAGCCUUUACCCUCAGCGAAGACCUCCGCCGCCGCCCGCCGAGUCCGCUACGUUAAUCAAGGCCAAUUCCUUGAGCAAGAAAACGGGCCAGCAAUCCAGGUUGUCUCUUAAUAGCGUCGACAGCGACGGAAAACGCAUAUCUGGCGGUGACGCUGCAGCAUGGAUUCCACAAGACAUCUCUGAACAACCUAGGCGCAAAAUCCCCAGUUUACCACAGGCUAGUGGCGGUGUUGCUGCGGCACUUAUCGGCAUUGGAAGGGGUUUAGGUGGAGUUGGACAUCCCAGUUCAAGGAAUCCCUCAAUCACGUCCACAAGCAAGAAAUCACCGUCUGAUAAUAGUGAUCAACCUGAAAGAGGUAGAAGUGCCAUGUCUACUGUGGAUUUCGGUCCCUCGGGCUCUGGUAGAAGUAGUCCUAGAUCGGCAAGUGGCACCCCUGGCAGCACGACAUGGGGUAAAGGGGACACAUCAUUUAUCGUCCCAGACUAUGGGGAGGACGGUGGCGACAGUGCAGGGCGAGAUCGAUCUUUGUCCUUGAGCUUUCCUGAGGGUUCCUCGGUGGCUAAGCUUCGAGAGGAAGGAAACAAAAGAGUGCCUUCUCCAUCCGAGCUUAGCCCGAGCAGCUCUCAUGCCGCUGCCGGGAUGAUGGUUCCAGGCAAUCGGAAGUCCUAUGGCCCCAAUCUUGAUUUCACCGAAUCCAAUAUCGUGUUCGAGAAGUCACCUGCUCCCGCUGACCAUGCCGAUUCAGAUGACGAUUCAGAUCACGGCCUUUUUGCCGUACCAAUAGCAUCUCGCAAACCUACUAGGCAGCCCAGCGUGAGGAGAGAUCCAUCAUCCGAUAGAGCUGCUGGUAAUAUGGACAGUACCGGACAAAGGCCUAACUUGACAAUUCGUACAUCAAGAUCAAAGAAGGGCUUAUCGGUUUCCUUUUCCUCCCCCCGCCUGAACAGUGUAGCAGCUGCCACUGCCUCGAGAACCCCAGAUUUUGACGAUGAUGAUACUCGCAAUGCUGGCAAAAGACCCCAGCGUCGGACUCCUGGCUCCGCUUCCGAAGGUGGAUGGUCUGCAGAAUCCUCGGAAGGCAUGAGUGCUAAGCUCUUGCGGCGUGAAUCCUUUGCAAGAGAGGAUGUGUGGGCGAGCAGGCCACCAGCCGAAGCGCUUAUUAACCAUCUAGACGAUUUCUUUCCAAAUCUAGAUCUAGAUCAGCCAGUCUUAGAGGAGGGUGCGAACGGCUCCCCACCAGUAUCCCCCAUUGCUGAACAGGCAACCUUGGAGCAACUAGCUGCUGCACAAGCUGGCAUGACUAUCGGCGAAACAUCCGGAAUGAACACGCUCCGGACUAGCUCCUCUUAUAAUGAUAGCGACACUCUAGGCUCAGAUGAAUCGACAUUGAAGGCAUUAGAGCGGCCUGGUUCGAUGCAAAGCAUUGCUCAAAGAAAUGUUCGUCGGUCGGGUGGGUUGGGUCGCAUGAAAUCCAUUCGUGAGGUGGCGCGAGGAGCUCACGAGGCGAACAAGCGUUUCACUGCCCCAGUACAACAGGGUGGGAUGUCGAGUACCAUUCUUCGCCGGAAGAGUACAAAGAUGUUCGGCGCCAAUAUUGUGCAAAUCAAGCCUCAGCGAGGUAGCAUGAUUCUUCCACAAAUUCCUCAGGACACUAUACCCAAGCGGCAAGCAACCUUCCGAUGGUUCAAGGGUCAAUUGAUCGGUAAGGGUACAUAUGGACGUGUCUACUUGGGUAUGAACGCGACGACGGGAGAAUUUUUGGCGGUGAAACAAGUGGAGGUCAGCGCCAAAGCUGCCGGAAACGACAAGGAAAAAAUGCGGGAAAUGGUUGCAGCCCUAGAUCAGGAGAUUGAUACCAUGCAGCAUCUAGAUCACGUCAAUAUCGUCCAGUAUCUAGGCUGCGAACGCAAAGAAAUGUCUAUCAGUAUCUUCUUGGAGUACAUUUCCGGCGGUAGUGUUGGGAGCUGUUUACGGAAGCAUGGGAAAUUCGAAGAGACUGUGGUGAGCUCUCUGACCCGGCAGACGUUGUCAGGAUUGGCGUAUCUUCACCGAGAAGGUAUCCUUCAUCGCGAUCUAAAGGCCGAUAAUAUAUUGCUGGAUCUUGAUGGAACCUGCAAAAUCUCCGAUUUUGGCAUAUCUAAGAAGACUGACAAUAUCUAUGGCAAUGAUGCCACGAAUUCUAUGCAAGGGUCGGUCUUUUGGAUGGCCCCGGAAGUUGUGCGAUCUCAAGGUCAAGGCUAUUCUGCAAAGGUGGACAUUUGGUCCCUUGGGUGUGUCGUCUUAGAGAUGUUUGCAGGCCGCAGACCGUGGAGCAAGGAAGAGACUGUUGGAGCGAUCUACAAGCUAGGCAGCCUGAAUGAGGCACCGCCCAUUCCCGACGAUGUUGCACUUAGCAUCAGUCCAGUGGCAGUGGCCUUCAUGGCUGAUUGUUUUACGAUUGUCCCCUCGGAACGUCCCACCGCCGAUACUCUUCUGUCACGACAUCCAUUCUGCGAGCUUGACCCAAACUAUAAUUUCCUCGAUACUGAUCUGUAUGCUAAGAUUCGCGGCGCAUACUAG